AUGUGUCAAAGGGAGUGCGUCUUCUUCGGUUUUAAUUCGCAAACGAAGAAAUGUCGAACCCACAAGAAAAGUCUAACGUCUGAUACGUCUGAGGAGGCUGGCUGGAGAUACUACUCGAAUAACGAUUUUUCUAGCAUGCCCAAAGAUUGCAAGGAUCUUCGAGAAAACGGUACAACCAUCACAGGGGUGUAUACUAUAUACCCCUACAGUACAUUAACCAUUCCACUAAGUGUCUACUGCGAAAUGACCACAAUGGGCGGUGGAUGGACGGCAAUUCAGAAACGCGUAGACGGAUCCGUGACCUUUGACAGGAACUGGACAGAUUAUAAGAAUGGAUUUGGUUCACCAGAACAGAACGUCUGGAUUGGAAAUGACGUAAUCCAUAAAUUAACAAAAGAAAACACCUCAUCCCUGUAUGUGUCCAUCACUCUCCAGAAUGGUACAACGGUGUAUGAAAUGUACGACCGAUUCUCUGUCUCCGACGAAGCAGGGAAAUAUCAACUCUUUCUAGCAGGACCUGCCACGGGGACCUUAGGUCUGCGUAUUCACGUGACGCUAUGUUAG